CUGAAGUUCCGGUUACUCACACUUCAGGGUGUUGUGUCGGCAUCCGCGUAUCGUCCUGUCUUAACUUUUGUGCUUUGGCUGCUAUGAGCGACUUUUAUAUUAAACCAGGGAAUCAGGAGAGGGGAUGGAAUGAUCCUCCACAGUUUUCUUACGGCUCACAGACCAACACUGGGGGACAGAAACGGAAUCUUCUCAACAAGAGGGUUCCUCCACCUCAACUUUCAGCUCAGAGCCCUAGUUCAGGGAUCCAUCAUGGAUCUCCAGCCAUGAACUCAAUUCCGCCAAGUAAUCCAGUGCCUCCUCCUGUGGCUGGAUUCACUCCACCUCCUAAGAGUCACGUUUCUUCAGGCAGAGCAGCAGAUUCGCACCAGUCUUCUCCGAAGAUCCAGCCUGACUCGACUGUACCAGCGGAGAAUGAACCAAACCUUAACAAUGUCCAAGCGUCGCUUCUCUGGGCGUUGACCGCAUGCCGGCAAACCGUAAAGAAACAGGUGUGUGAUGACGUUGAGAGGCGGCUGAAGAUAUUUGAAGAGAUGUGGCGAAGUGGUAAACUCUCUCUUCCGGUUAAAUGCAGGAUGAACGCACUUUCCCAAGAGCUGAGCAAUAAGAAUUGGGACAAAGCCGAUGAGAUCCACCGAGCCCUGAUGGUGGACUACGUUAACGAAGUGAGCCAGUGGAUGGUGGGAGUCAAGCGUCUCAUUGCGGAAACCCGCGCCCUGAGUCCAGAGCUGCUGCAGACGGACAUGGCACUUCCCAGCGAGGCCUCUGCUGAUUCAGAUCAAUGAGGAUGUGUUUAAAGCUUCUCCUCCUUUUCUUCUGAGCCUUACUGAUUACAGGACACUACUCAUUAAACCUUUUCUCCAGAGCUGCUGUGAUUAUGAGAGGGAGAGUUCAUGCUGCAGUACUGCAGUGCUGUUAAUACUAUAAUCUAGUCUAUGAUAUUCUUAUCAUUUUAUUGCUCUUUAUAUCACUGAUUAUACGGGCAGGGAGUGGACUGACUGAGGGAGAAUCUCGGUGAUGGAUGUUAUGGUUUAACUGGACUUUAUGACCUAGAAUCUACAAUCUUAUCCAAUUAAACUGCAAUACCGCAUCAUGAGACAGCGGGGUUAAGUUUACAUUUUUUUUCUAUGCAACCACAUCUUUUAAUUAUUUUUUUUCCAAAUAGCUCGGUGUUUAUGUGAAAUUCCCCAACCUGUGCGUUGGAGUGGCACGACUGUUUCUACAACAUUUUCCAUCCUAUUCCAAGUUGUUGCAUAUGUAAAAUAUAUUAAUGUAUAAUUAAAUAACUGUAUACAGAAAGCUA